AUGAGUGGGAGGCGAGGAGGAGGAGGCGGGUCUCGCGCGGCGCGGCGAUGCGCGGCCCAUGGGUCGGGUCGCGUCGCUUCUGGAUGGAGGCGCCCACUGCACCAAGAUGCCCGCGUCGCUGUCUCGGCUGAGCGAUCCGCGGUUAAACCCGGAAUCAGGGGCUCAAUAACAACAAUAACAACAGCAUCCUCGUCAACAUUAACGACAAACAACGACGACGAGCAGGAGGGAGAAGUGGAGGAGGAGAGAAUCUCAGCGGUGCCGGGAGAGAGAACGAGGAGAGAGAACGAGGAGGGAGGAGGAGAUAUCAUGGCGAGGUGCAGCGGUCGCUGUUCUCUGCUGUUCGUGUGCGCCGUGCAGCUGGUGGUGACGCUGGAGCGCCAGGUGUUCGACUUCCUCGGGUACCAGUGGGCGCCCAUCCUCGCCAACUUCCUGCACAUCCUGGCCGUCAUCCUCGGCCUCUUUGGGGUCCUGCAGUUCCGCCCUCGCUACCUGGGCCUGUACGCCGUGUGGACAGUCCUGUGGCUCACGUGGAACAUCUUCCUCAUCUGCUUCUACCUGGAGGUCGGCGGGCUGUCCAAGGACAGCGACGUGCUGACGCUCCACGCGUCGAUCCACCGCUCGUGGUGGCGCGAGAACGGCCCCGGGUGCCGCGUGACGCCCGUGGAGCCGCCCCCCGGCCGGGAGAGCCGCGGCCUCGCCUACAUCUCGGUGCCGGGCUGCCUGCUCGAGUACCAGUACCUGGAGGUGGCGCACGCCGGCCUGCACAUCGUCCUCGCCCUGAUGGGCUUCGUCUACGCCUGCUAUCUCAUCAACGCCUUCACCGAGGAGGAGGACAGCUUCGACUUCAUCGGAGGGUUCGACUCGUACCCGACGUCCUACCAAGCCCCGCAGAAGCCAUCGAGUCUACAGCUGCAGCCCAUGUACAUGUGACCUGCUCCGCGGGGCUCGCCACCCAACACGCUCAGCCGAGUGAGACCCGCUCGCACGCACGCAGCUCGCGCGCGUGCGAGCUGCGGACGUCAGAGCUCGCCACCAGCCCGUCGGCCGUAUGGUCGCCACCUCUGAGACACGAACCAAGACUCUUUGCCAGAAGGAUAACAUCUCACGAUUCCCGAAGAGUGGGAGGACUACGUGGGAAAAAUGCGUUGUCUCGAGCGGUGUGUCGACAUCGCUGCUGUUGCUAUUAUUGCACAGCUGACACAAAGCGGGGAGCUUUAAUGCAUCGGGAAGACCGACAGAUUUCCCGGGGACGGCCACUGCGACGAGAGGACGCCCGAGGCAAACCGGCACAGGCGGCAAACUCGGUUGGACAUGACGGGCAGAAGAGUUGGUGCCUGGAGAUGUCGAGCGCUCGCCGGCGCUCGUCGAGAGAGAGAGACGGAGCAAAUGGCGGGGGCCUGCAGCCUCGGCGACGGUGCUGGGAGCGACGCGUGGACUUGUGAGCCGUGCGGUCGAGGUAUCGCGAGACGUCAGCCACACGGCUUCCCCACCUCCCGAGAUGGAUCAUCAUCGUCGUCCUCAUCAGACCAUGUUCCAUCCAAUGCUGGAUAAACGUCUCCCCCCACCAAGCCGUCGUUGCAUCUCUCGGGCUUGCGACGCAACAGCCCAUACGGCUCCCGCGCGCAAGACGAAAUUCGCCGCCGCCGCCGCCGCCGCCGCUCCUCCUCUGCGGUGGACGUCCUCUCGGUGCGCGUUCCCCUCUUCCUUUGGCCGCCACUCCGUCGUCAGUCUCGACCAGUCGGCCCCCAUCGGGCCGCGACGCGUCCUGGACUUGCGCGAUGGCGGCCGCCGCGUUGGCCACACGCCGUCGGAAUUCCGUACGGCGUCGGUCAUCUCUUUACAAGUCUGUGAUCGUGUUUCCUCGUCGAGGUGUUUUGCCGAGAUCGUCGUGUGGUGUCGUUUGGUGUGCGCAGGUCUUAAUGAUUACGUGGCGCGAGAGAGCAGCGGCAGUCGGGUCUGUGUUAGGAAUUCACCACGAUAGCCACUUAACAGCAAAAUGUAAAACCCUCGUUAAUUAAUAUUAGCCGGGCCACCCUCCGCGUCCAGUGAGAACCCGUGCUAAGGCUCAUCAGAUGCGUACAUUCAGCUGCUCCAUGUAUGUACCGUAUGCUGAACUUCUUUCGCACCAUACGUAGCCAACCGUGCUAAUCGGAGGUGUGGGGAAGGACCACAAACUAAACGCAAAGAGCAUUUAAAAGAAAGCAGUUCCAUGUAAAAGGUAGUGGUAGAACCCUGCAAUUGCUUGCUCACGUCACUGCCUGUGGAAGGGAAUCCACUUAGAUGGAAUUCUAGAGAAGAUUCAGAUGCCAUCGUCGUCACUUCGCAUUCAUACCGCGUUUUCCAAGCAGUUAGAUCUCAAGGUGGUCUACAACAAGUGGGGAAUCUCCCCCCCCACCCCCACCCCCACCCCCUGGUGGCUGCUGUCCCUUGAGGCACAAGGAGAAGUCGGCACCGGUCAGCGAAUGGGCAUUGCUCUGGCAGACGCCGUCUUGUGAGGCCAGAGUUUCACAGUUCGACUCUGGCUCGGCUCCGCAAGCAGUGGGCGAAGCAUCACCCGUGCGUACUGUGCGGGCCCUGUACCGGUGCGGCUUGGAUGUGCCAUUGGAAAAGAGGUACAUGUGACCUUACGUUUCCGCUGUUACCAGGGUAACCAGCAUGCGCGAUGCUGCAUCAUGUUCCCAGGACUAGGGCCGGAUUAAGUCUAAGGGGGGGCCGAGGACUGGUAUAGUUUUGCCUGCCCCCCCCCACCCACCCCCCACCCCCCAACCCCCACCCCCCACCCCCCACCCCCCACCCCCCUUUGUCUAUUCUAUUAAUUCCCUGAUUUACUAACAGCCACGCCCAAUGAUGCCAAACACUUCCAUUGUUGUCCACCCUGUUUAUUCUACCUGGAUCUAUUUUUAAAAACGCGAUGCAGAAAUUGCGAAGCUAACUCACGGUUGAAACGAACAAAACUAUUUUUUAUUUUAACGUAUAACUGAUCAGUAAUGCACACAUCGAUGAUUUGGCUUUGAUAACCAAAUUUCACAUCGUAUUUAUCGCGGUGCUACAGCUGUAUAUAAAACUAAACCUAAACCUUUUAUUUUACCAGGUAAGGCUCACUGAGCUAUAUAGCUCUUUUUCAGAAGCGGCCUGGUUAUCACAAAAUGUUCGCUCAACUAAAUGGCUUGUCACGUGGAAAUUUACCGCAGCCAAAUACUCUGGCCGCAUGUUUCUAAAUGUGGAGGGGAAAACCGGAGGACCUGGAGAAGAAUACACGCAACCACGGGGGAAAACAUGCAAACUCCACAUAUACAGGUGUGUGUGGGGGGCGACGUCCGCCUCCCCGCUCCCCCGCGAGCGGGCGAGGCGCCCCGUCCACCCCCUCCACUCCCCCCUCCUCCUCGUCGGCCGCCCCUCGCGGGGCCCCCGCCGAUGGGGUGACCGGCCGCCCCGCGCCAGCGCCCUCUCUGAGCGACAUCGCUCACUGGCUGGCACAACUCCGCGGUCGUGGCAACACACACUCACUGAGCCACUCGCUCGCUCACUCAGCCACUCGCCCACUACCACCAUCACCACCACUAUCACCAUCAGUACCACUGUCAGUGUCGACAAUGCGGCGACGCUUGUUCCUCCACCGUAGCCUUGCCGUGGUGCCUCUGGCAGAUGUGCUCAUUAAUUCUAACCCACUGGUUUGCCCUUCUGGCCUAAUAUUCCACCCUCCGCCUCUCCAAGUGUCGCGAGUAACUCAUUGCGGUUGGCCUAGUGAACCUUUUCCUUCUACGCCCAUACAAAUCUUAAGCCAAUUUAGGGGCACCGCAAUGUAACCUGUCCUGUGAGGGUCGGCCAAUCUCCUGGCACCGGGAAACCGUGGGACCUUUCGGAUUAAAACCCGAUGUGCCAGGCAACCCCCUGUCAGGACACUAUGUGGGUGCGCUGUGUGUGGGUGUGUGUGUUUAGUGCGGGGGCCGGGAGGGGAUCGCGGCGUUUGCGGAGUUGCUCCGCGGUCGUGACACCAUAGGUGUCACGGUCGGUUUCGAACCCACGACCUCCUGCAUACCAGGCGAGGUAUUUAACAUCUCGCCACCGUGGCACCCCAUAUUUUGUGGGGGGUCUCAAAAUCCGAGGCCCUCCCAGACUGCUGCCGCUGAAGCCGCUGCAUUAACUCGGCCCUGCCCAGGACGUGCGCCAAGCAGGGACGGUCACCGGCACUCCUUCCCUGCGCCGCCGUCCAACAAACGUUGCCCUUCACCUCCCUGCUGCUGCCCGGCAACUACCGCGCAUCUCCACGGUGCCUGUCACACGCUAUGUAUUUGACACUUAUCCGCUUUGACCGUACCCCGGUCUCCCCGCCCGAACCCACCCACCCAACCAGCGACCGUUCCCCAUUGCCCAACCUCGCGAUGAUUAAUUCACGUGCCAAACCCCACGCAGCUUGGCCACCUGUCUCCAUUAGUGCCCUCGUGAUUUUGACAAAUUGGGCAGAUGUCCCGGGGAGGCCUUGCGACCUUGUGACCUUACCAACCUCUGACCUCCCGAUCCGAAGGCAUCGAUUUUCUUCGCCCACUCCCCAUGUGGCGUCAUUUUCUAAAAAAAAAACCCCGUUUCAGUCCCCCCUUGGCCUUAACGCUCAGCGGUGACGCAUUUUCACGUUGGCCCUGUGAGGGCUUUUAAGCCGUUUCACUUUGUUGCUUCAAACAAAGGCGCGUGCUGGCAUCGGGGUUUGUGAUGUCAUUGGUUGGUUGUUAGGGUGUUAACAAUGUUCAAGAUCAGGCCUCGUGUUUGUGGGCGAGGGCUUUGCUUUUCUACAAAAAGUGCAAAAGUGCAGCCCUGAAAUUUCUUGGCCAUGUCAGGGCUGGCGGAAGGGGCCUCCACUAGAGGCCACUGUAGAGAGCCCCUCUGUAAUGGAGCAUUUGGCCCUACGUUUCCAUGGUGAUAAGACGUCUUGCAAGAGGUGGGAGUACCCACACUUUGCACUAGCACACGUGACCUGCCAAUUAUAGACCAACUGGAUGGACAGAGGGAGGCAAGAGGGAUUUAAGAAACUCGCUCUCUUCAUUCAACUGCCGUGCCCGGGAGAUUGAAUGCAACCGGUGACCUGGACUACAAGUGCGGUGCGCUCACCAUUAAACCACGGCAACGUCCCACAUCCUCAAAAAAUAUUCGUUUAAUAAUCGAACCGAGAAUCUCCCUUUUGGGGCGAAACAAUUUUUCGCUCGGUGUUUUGUGUGACCGGACGCAGCCCCCCCCCCCCCCGUUCCCCAAAUCUGGGACACGGUUCUCUGGUACCAGCCAUUUAAUUAUGUCUGUUGCAAACCCUGAAAUUAACAGGACCCACCUGGGGCUUCUUGGAGGAGGGGUACAACCGCAAUGUUAUAGGGGGUCAGUGGCACACACACACAUACGGUAGAGUAGUGGGUAGCUGUGCUCGUGGGUUAGGGUGUGUGUGGGUGCGUGUCUGUGUGGAUUUGUUUACAUGCAUGGGCACAUGUCUCGCUAGAGUUGCCACUAGGGCCGCCGCGAUAUUGGCGGUACGACGACUCGUUGUACGAUAUACUGUCAAGCGGUUUCAAUAAAAAGGGUCAUUAAAAUGUUUUACUCAGGAAACCCUCGCUGAUUCUUAAUUUUUAUUCAGGAGGAUCCUGCUAAGUUUUCAUAGUUAUUGGGGGGGGGGGGGGUGACGAUUGCUGUGUCCCAAUGGAAGUAAAUGGCGAGUCAUCGUUCAAUCACACCGUCCUUUUUGUUAGUUGCUAAACAUCGUUACGUUGCAUGCUACCGCCGCUCAUUUUGAUCUCACUUAAAUAGCUUGCUUCAUGAUGAAAUGUUUGUUGAAUUUAAAAGAAAGAAAUCGAUUUUUAAAGUUGUAAAUAAUUGUCUAUUAUCCAUUCAACAAGUUCUUUUGCGAAUUGCGUUUUUUAAUACAUUGCCAACGUUACUAUUACUACACGUAUAUUGCCACCGUUUUCAUCGGUCAUUGAAUAAUUUAAUUGGCUUAUGUCACCAUUAUUGUUGUCACUAAGAUGUGUACUGUACAACAUCUGUACCGUCGCAGGACGCCAAUGAAAUAGAAGCUAGCAGCUUCAUUGAGCCCUUCCUGCUGAAAUAAGUACAAUGUAAAAAAAUCCAAAUCUUAGUUUUAACUGACAGCAUGUGCAUUAUCAGCGUUGCAAUCAAUGUUAAACCGUGUCGUGGGCUUACGCUGAGGGACCCGCAGUUGAAUAACGUUGAAGAAAUCAUUCGUACUGGAAGUAAUGACAACGAUACUUUUUUAUGGCGUCAGUUGUAUAAAUUUCACCGCAGGGCGCUGAACAUCGCGAACCACGUUGACAUCAAACCUUGUGAGAGAGAGAGACACACAAUGGAGACACGACACGAAUACAAUCAAGGGGUGCGUCGGUGAACACAAUAACAGACCAGGUGGGGCCACGGUACACUGCCCAGUUAAACGUAGAACGUUGGGAGGGCAAAUAUUGUGGGCUUACGUUGGGUCAACGUUGGCACAUGGUUUGGAACCAUUGACUCAACGUUGGAACCGAUUACCCAACCACGUGCCAACGUUGACCACGUGCCAACGUGGUGUCAUCGGUUCAAACGUUGAGUCAAUGGUUCUAAACCACGUGCCAACGUUGACCGAACGUUGGAGGGCCAACAGUUCCAACGUUGAGUCAACGAUUCCAAACCACGUGCCAAUAAGAGUUUGAUAGCACAACAAAGCGAUACAAUGCAUCAUGAAAAAUACAAAAAAUAUAUUAUUUUGUUUGUUGGGGGGGGGGGGGGGCGGGGGCGGGUGGGGUGUGACGGUGGAACUGAUCUUGCGAUAAUCGUCUAAUCGUGAAGGUGUGUAUCGUAUCGUGGGAAUCGCCGUCGGGCUGAGCCGAGCGGCCACACAUUGGCGACCGUCUCCCGACCACGAAGGCGUGGCGCGUUUGCCUUUUUAUUAAUUGAAUGGAACAACUCUCACCCCACCUCCCCCGGCCUUCUCCGAGUAAGCAAUUUUAAAAUAACUUGUUGAAAUUGUAUAUAUAUGUACACACACACACGUAUGAUGUUGCAAUGUGACACUUUUUUGGGAAGGGGGACAAACUGUGUGUCGUGAUCUCAGAGUAGUUACGCUCGUACGGGGGGGGGGGGGGAGGUGGUGGGGGGGGUCACCCGAUGAGGGUCGUGAGAGAUUUUUAAGGACUCGGGAAUAUUAACUAACGCACACAGUAGAACCCUGUAAGAGAGACGGCGGCAGCACCCGAGCACUCGCGUUUGUAGCCACUUGCGUGGGAACUGUUUCCAAUAAAACUCGCACCUCGUACGAAG